AUGAUCCUGGACGACGCGUACAGAAAGUCGACGCAGUAUCGACAAUGGUCGUACACGCAAGAAAAACUGGCCGAAAUACGCCAAAACACAAAUGAUGUCGCUUGCAUACGCCUCAGAGAGAAAGCCAGAAUAGCCGUUGCGGCGGAAUCAACUCAAACAUCGAGCGAUGAAGGAUCAUUUUCUCACGGUCGAGAGGGCGUCGUCCUUACCGAUGGCGACAUUCAGACUCUCAAGGCAGAGGAAGAAUUGAAGAUCGUGGAUUGGGCUUGCAUGAAAAUCAUCGAGGUUAGCGGAGCCAUGGAGCCCCGAAUCCCUUCAAAUAUCACGGCCACGGCAAUUCAAUAUCUCCGACGCUUCUACCUCACCAACUCACCCAUGAUACAUCAUCCGAAGCAAUUGGUACCUUGCGCUCUAUACCUUGCCACAAAAGCGGAUCAUUUGUACCUCCCACUGUCCAAAUUCAUUGACGGACUCGAGGGGGUGAGCGAAGAGAGCAUCAAAGCUCGGGAAUCCGUCUUGCUCCAAGGACUCCGCUUUGCACUGGACGUGCGCCAUCCCAUGAAGGGGUUGGUAGGUGGUUGCAUCGAGAUGCAUGCCAUGGCAGAAGAGGGCCGACUCGGCGGUAUCUCGAAAGCCACAGGAUUCGCAAGCAGGAUCGAUUCCGCAGCGGAUCAGGCCAAGAAGCUUCUCGUGACAGCGGCUCAGAUGACGGACGCGUAUUUCCUCUAUACGCCCAGCCAGAUCUGGCUUGCUGCGCUGACGCUGGCCGACCGAGAACUGACAGAGACAUAUCUCGAACGCAAGCUCGCCGACCUCGCAUCUCCGGAAGCAGCAGCCACGGAGUCGAGGACAAAGCUCGUGUCCACGAUCUCGGCGUGUGCGCGACUGCUCGAAUCGUAUCGCCUGCCAGACCCGCACACUCAGCGCAAGGAGCUGAGGCGCAUCCGCAGGAAACUGGACAUCUGUCAGAAUCUGGCGAAGGUGGAUAUCGAGGCAUCCCCAGGCAGGACCUUUACUUCUAUGGAAGGCGAAGGAGAAGGAGGAGACUAUCCAGGAAGGCCGACGAAAAGGCGCAAGCUUGAAGUGGAAAUCUCACAGGAGAAAGGAGACUCUUCUGACUCCGAUGGUGUAGUCUAG